AGGUGGCUACGGGUUAGAGAGACCGUUGAACCGGAGGUGCCCUAGGAGGGACCACGUCGAAAUAUUCAGAGACUCCGCCCUCUCCUUGGCGACCCCUUCCACCACACGCCCGGGCGCAUUCUGUGUGGCUGCCCAAGGACCUAUUCUCAAGACUCGGUGGCCCUCGUACUCCUUCUAGCCAAUGUUUUUAUACAAUUAUGCUCAUAUGAACGCCCUUCCUCACCGUGAAACGGCUCCCAGCCUCUCGUUGACCUUGCCCUUCCUGGCUGAGGCUACGCCUUUAGAUGAUGCGCCCCUGCCCGCUCCUGUUUAACUGCCCGGGCCUCCGGGUGUCUCUCACUGUGAUCCGUCGCCGUCGGGGCUUUCGAGGGCGCUCCCUCCCUUUCUUGCCUUCUUCUGACAGUUUUCCUGACCUCUGUAGAGGCAGAGCAGAGAAGCGGGUGCCCAGGGUGAUACUCCUGGUUCAGACACUCAUUGUCCUUUUCUUGGAAAGGGCAGGGGGAUGUGGAAAAAAUUCUGGUUCCCUCCCCCUUCGCGCUGUGGCUUUCGCUUUCACUUCCUCCUGGAGAGAAAGCCGAGACUUCUGCGAGUGGCGAGGCGGUCAUGGCUCUACUGGAUGUGUGCGGAGCCCCCAGAGGGCAGAGGCCCGACUGGGCUUUUCCAGCUGCUGGAAGCAGGCAUUGCUCGGACCCAGGACACUACAGUUUCUCUAUGCGAUCUCCGGAGCUCGCCCUCCCUCGGGGAAUGCAGCCCACUGAAUUCUUCCAGUCCCUGGGUGGGGACAGAGAAAGGAAUGUUCAGAUUGAGAUGGCCCAUGGCACCACCACAUUGGCCUUCAAAUUCCAGCAUGGAGUGAUUGUGGCAGUGGACUCUAGGGCCUCGGCUGGGAAUUACAUUGCCACCCUGCGGGUGAACAAGGUGAUUGAGAUUAACCCUUACCUGCUUGGCACCAUGUCUGGCUGUGCAGCGGACUGUCAGUACUGGGAGCGUCUACUGGCCAAGGAGUGCAGGCUGUACUAUCUGCGGAAUGGGGAGCGCAUCUCCGUCUCAGCAGCCUCCAAGCUACUCUCCAACAUGAUGUGCCAGUACCGGGGCAUGGGCCUCUCCAUGGGCAGUAUGAUCUGUGGCUGGGACAAGAAGGGUCCUGGACUCUACUAUGUAGAUGAAAAUGGAACUCGGCUCUCAGGAAAUAUGUUCUCCACUGGUAGUGGGAACACUUACGCCUAUGGGGUCAUGGACAGUGGCUAUCGGCUCAAUCUUACCCCCCAAGAGGCCUAUGACCUUGGCCGCAGGGCUAUUGCUCAUGCCACCCACAGAGACAGCUAUUCUGGAGGCGUUGUCAAUAUGUACCACAUGAAGGAAGACGGCUGGGUGAAAGUGGAAAGUACAGACGUCAGUGACCUGCUGCACCAGUACCGGGAGGCCAAGCAGUGAUGGGGAUGGUGGCUGGGCAGCCACCUCUGGGAGAGUCUGACCAACUCAAGGACCUGAGACAGAAGAAGCCCCUGGAGAAUGAGAGCCUUAACCUGCACCAGAGAUAGAGAAUGGGCUUAUUGGUCAGUAGGGCUAGAGGGAUUCAUCCUUUUGUACUGUUUCAUGAGUAUUUCUCUCAAAAAACUUCUGGGUCUCACUAAGUACAAUAAAGGAAAACGGUUAUAAAUGUC